AGUUCGAGAGUUUCUGGGCACAGCGAGUGCCAUGGAGCUCCCCAACUACAGCCGGCAACUACUGCGGCAGCUCUACACUCUGUGCAAGGAGCAGCAGUUCUGUGACUGCACCAUCUCCAUUGGGACCAUCUACUUCCGGGCCCACAAGCUUGUCUUGGCUGCCGCCAGCCUGCUGUUCAAAACCCUGCUGGACAGCACGGACACCAUCUCUAUCGAUGCAUCUGUGGUGAGCCCUGAGGAGUUUGCCCUCUUGCUAGAGAUGAUGUAUACUGGCAAACUCCCUGUGGGCAAGCACAACUUUUCCAAAAUCAUCUCUUUAGCCGACAGUCUACAGAUGUUUGAUGUGGCUGUGAGCUGUAAAAAUCUUCUGACCAGCCUUGUACACUGCUCUGUCCAGGGUCAGGUGGUAAAGGAUGUCUCUCUGCCGUCCUCAGAGUCUUUCAGGAAGGAAUCCGAGAGGCCUCAAGUAGAAACCCUUUCCUCCGAAGGUGCGGCGGAGCCUCGUUCUCACCCAGAGGUUUCUGCCGCUCUAGGGGGUCCUGUGAAAGCCGAGACCAAGGAGACCAGCGAUGCUGUCCAUACAGUUACCCAGGAGAUGAGCGUGGGCCCUCCCACUGCCCAGGAGACCCAGGGGAACACUGAAGCCCCAGCAGGGACUCCUGACCCAGCCAGAGCGUGUCCCCCCCGCCCCGUUGUGCGAGCCUUCAGUGAGACGAUGGAGGCGAGCUCAGAGCCAGAGUGUGGAAGAAAACACUACCACCUGAAUUUUCUCCUAGAAAAUGAAAGUAUCUUCUCAGAAGCACUUGGGGUUACCCAGGAUGUUUUAAAAAGACUAGAAGUAUGUUCAGAGAUGAAAGGCCCCCAGAAGGAGAUCAUCAGGAAAUGUCUCGAGGGGGAAGGAUAUUCAUCCUUCCAGAGAGUCCUGGAUAAAGUGAGAGAUGGAAGCCUGGAGAUACAGACUGUUGUGUCCCUGCUGCGGCUAUACCAGGAUUCUAAUCCUGCAGUGAAGACAGCACUAUUAGACAGCCACCCGGAAGAUGGAGAAACCGUGUGGCCCAAAGGGAGCACAGAGGAGGGAAAGACCUUGUCUGCUCUGUUACUAGAACACAAAGAGGACCUGAUACAGUGUGUAACACAGCUGAGACCUAUUAUGGAGAUCCUGGAAACAGCCAAGGAGGAAUUCCUGACUGGCGCUGAAAAAAGGGUGAUUCUGAAUUGCUGCGAGGGUGGAACACCCAAGGAGACAGUAGAAAAUCUGUUGCACAGAAUGACUGAAGAGAAGACCCUGACUGCUGAGAGUUUGGUAAAACUCCUCCAGGCUGUGAAGAUGACUUUCCCAAACUUGGGCCUUCUGCUGGAGAAUUUGCAGAAAUUAGCCACUUUGCCAAGCACCACAGUUCAGCCAAGCCCUGAUGAUUAUGGGACUGAGCUAUUGAAACGAUACCACGAAAACCUCUCUGAGAUUUUCACAGACAACCAGAUGUUACUAAAGACAAUCUCACACAUGACGAGUCUGGCCCCUGGAGAAAGAGAGGUCAUGGAGAAGCUUGUGAAACAUGACUCUGGCUCAGGUGGUUUCAGUUCCCUGCUGUCAGCAGUUCUAGAAAAGCAGACUCUCCCUGCAACAGCCAUUUGGCAACUGCUGCUGGUGGCUCAGGAGACAAAGACCUGCCCGUUGGACUUGCUCCUGGAGGAGAUACGCAGAGAGCCUGGGGCCGACGCUUUCUUCCAGGCAGUGACCACCCCAGAAAAUGCUGCUUUAGAAACACUCCUGAGGCAUCGCAAGUUGGUCACAGAGGCCAUCCAGCAGAGGACUGAGCUCAAGUGCUUCACCUCAGAGGAGGAGCAUCUGGCCGAGACCGUGAAAGAGAUUCUGAGCAGUUCCUCAGAUUCAGCCAGCCCUGGAGCUUCCCUGAGAGCAGCGAGGGACAGAGCCACUGAGAAAGCUGUCUCGGCCUUCGAGAUAUGCCACCUCCUGUGCAGGGUCCACAGUUCUUUCUCAGGCCUGCAGCCUGUCAUGCAGGAGCUGGCAUGUGCUGGUAUCCUCACCAAGGCCAAUGAUGAGGCGGGGAUGUGGAAGGUGAGUCACCCGUUUCGCCUCGAAGCCAGUGGCAAGGAAGAGACACAGGCAGCCAAGCCGACUGAAGAAGACUGCCGGGCUGGAAACCAGAAUGGCCAAGGAGAGCCGGGUACCCUGCCGGGACAACAAGAGACAGACACAUCUGCCUCCCCGGACUCUGCCAAGAAAAGCUUCAUCUGCAAGGCCUGUGACAAGAGCUUCCACUUCUACUGCCGCCUCAAGGUGCACAUGAAGCGCUGCCGGGUGGCCAAGAGCAAGCAGGUGCAAUGCAAGGAGUGUAGCGAGACCAAGGACUCCAAGAAGGAGCUGGAGAAGCACCAGCUGGAGGCCCACAGCUCGGGCGGAGAGCCUGACGCCCCCAAGAAGAAGAAGAAGAGGCUUCCAGUGACAUGCGACCUCUGUGGAAGAGAGUUUGCCCACGCCUCAGGCAUGCAGUACCACAAGCUGACAGAGCACUUUGACGAGAAGCCUUUCUCCUGUGAAGAGUGUGGAGCCAAGUUUGCAGCCAAUUCCACCCUGAAGAACCACCUUCGCCUCCACACCGGGGACCGCCCGUUCAUGUGCAAGCACUGCCUCAUGACCUUCACACAGGCCUCUGCCCUGGCCUACCACACCAAGAAGAAGCACUCGGAAGGGAAGAUGUAUGCAUGCCAGUACUGCGACGCAGUGUUCGCCCAGUCCAUUGAGCUGUCACGCCACGUGAGGACCCACACCGGGGACAAGCCGUAUGUCUGCAGGGACUGUGGCAAGGGCUUCCGGCAAGCCAAUGGCCUCUCCAUCCACCUGCACACAUUUCACAACAUAGAAGACCCCUACGACUGUAAGAAGUGCAGGAUGAGCUUCCCCACAUUGCAGGACCACCGCAAGCACAUCCAUGAGGUGCACUCCAAGGAGUACCACCCCUGCCCCACGUGUGGGAAGAUCUUCAGUGCGCCAUCCAUGCUGGAGCGGCACGUGGUGACUCACGUUGGGGGCAAGCCCUUCAGCUGUGGGAUCUGCAACAAGGCCUACCAGCAACUAUCUGGCCUGUGGUACCACAAUCGGACCCACCACCCCGAUGUGUUUGCUGCUCAGAACCAUCGCUCUUCCAAGUUCUCAUCACUCCAGUGCAGCUCCUGUGACAAAACCUUUCCCAACACCAUCGAGCACAAGAAGCACAUCAAAGCGGAGCACGCAGAUAUGAAGUUCCAUGAAUGUGAGCAGUGUAAGGAACUCUUUCCCACACCCGCGCUGCUGCAGAUCCACAUCAAGUGUCAGCAUUCAGGGUCCCAGCCAUUCAGGUGCCUUUACUGCGUGGCCACUUUCCGCUUCCCAGGGGCACUGCAGCACCAUGUCACCACGGAGCACUUCAAGCAGUCAGAGAGCACCUUCCCGUGUGAGCUCUGCGGGGAGCUCUUCACCUCCCAGGCCCAGCUGGACAGUCACUUGGAGUCUGAGCAUCCCAAGGCAAUGGGCGCUGAAACCCAGGCAGCAGCCUCGCAGGUGGUGCAGGUGAUCCAGGCCCCAGCACCCGUGGCCCCAACAGAGCAGGUGAUCACUCUGGAGGAGACGCAGCUGGCUGGGUCACAGGUGUUUGUGACGUUGCCAGAUUCCCAGGCCACCCAGACCAGCUCUGAGCUCGUGGCGGUGACUGUGGAGGACUUGCUGGAUGGCACUGUGACCCUGAUCUGUGGUGAGGCCAAGUGAGCGCCGCUCA